UAUCAAGCACAGGCGUCUAAUUCCUGAAGUGAAAUCCUCUUAGGAUCUAUGCUCUAUUUCUGUUUGGUCUAUAGGGUCUUUUUUGAAAUCUCCAUUAGACCAAGCUCAUUGGCUGGAAAAGACACACGCAUGCACACAAAAACACACACCAUCCAGCAACAGAUAGCUUAGUGAAGUGAUCGAGUGUGGACCAGUGCAAGGUAAGCUGCUGACACAAAGGGAGGACUUCACUGUGACGGUGGGAGGAAGCUAAACAGGACAAUGUCUGACAGAAUGAUUGAUUUGGAGGAGACUGCAACCCACACAGGUCCAAAAGGAGUCAUCAAUGACUGGAGGAGGUUUAAGUUGGAAAGUAUGGACCAGGAAAACCUGCCUCCUGCAAAAAGGGAACUGCUGAGACAAAUGUCAUCCCCGGGCAAGCCAAAGGAGGACUCCAGAGGAAACCUUAACCGCAAAAUGAGUGUCCAAGAGUAUGAACUGCUCAAGGAGGAAGAUGAGGGAUGUCUAAAGAAAUACAGAAAGCGGUGCAUGCAAGAGAUGCAUGAUAAACUCAGCUUUGGGCCCAAGUUUGAAGGUGUGCAUGACCUGGACAGUGGAGAAGCCUUCCUAGAAGUCAUAGAGAAGGAGCAUUACAGCACAGUGGUGGUUGUCCACAUUUACAAUGUUGGGGUCAAAGGUUGUGAUGAGCUCAACAACUGCCUUGACUGCCUGGCCACUGAGUACCCCACGGUAAAGUUCUGCAGGAUUGAUGCUGUCGCAUCCGGUGCUGCAGAGCGGUUCUCGGAUGAGGUUUUGCCUACGUUGCUGGUGUACAAGGCUGGAGAACUACUCGGGAACUUCCUGGCCUGCACGCAGCACCUAAAUGAGGAGUUCUUUGCCACUGAUGUGGAGGCCUUCCUCAACAGCUAUGGCCUGCUGCCAGAGAAAGAGCUGCCUGGUGUGGAAGAUGAAGAAGAAAAUGAUGUAGAGUAAACAAAGAGUUUGGCUGUGGAGAAAAAAAAAGAAGCUGGAUAGAGAUGAAAGACAAUUAAUGACUACAGCAAAUAGAAAAACCCUACCAUCUCCACUAGCUCACUAGUGUUGAGGAUUGUUCUCUAAAGGAGAAAUUUUACAUCCAGUUGGUGAAGAAACCUUGAUGUUCCAGAUAUGGGUGCUCUCAUAUAUGGGCCGGGGUUACAGUAAGUUGAGGCGACACAGCAUUUAUUUAUUUAUAAAAAAUAUAUCACAAAUCCCCUCACCACCACCACGAAAGCCAAAACCUGCUGACUGUAAUUUUAAAUAAUUGCAAUGUAUUAUUUUGUAAUGAUAGAAACUAUUAUAUGUAUAAUAUAUAUGUAUAAUAUAUAUAAUGUAUGUACUUUUUUGUAGCAUUUUAUUAGGUUGGGAAGUUAUUUAUAAAUCCAGGAAGUUAUUUAUAAAUCCAGGGUUCGUACGAGUGACAUCUUCAAAUGUAAUACAAUAUUUAAACACAUGUACACUUAGGUUUUUGGUUUUUUUUGCCAAAAUGAAAAAGAAAAACUUUAAAGAGCUAAACAAAACAGAAACUCUUAAGACUGAAGAGGCCAAAGCACUCUGGAUGUAAAAACAUUAUUGUGUAAACAUGUCUUCCAUCUGUCUGUAAGCCAAUGUGGUGGGAAGUGCAUAUUGCAUCUGGAAAAAACCUCCAUGGGACUAUUUUACUGAUAUUACCAUCAGUGAAACAUCAUCACUGAGGAGUAUGUCCAUUUCUUCAUCUCAUAUUUGAAAGUCUGGGAGAAAGUCAUGGAAAUACACAUAACGCAAACUGAGGGUCUUGGGUUUUCUUAGUGUGAUAUGAAUCAACCAACAAUUCCUCAGCGAUGAUCAGUAUCAUCUUCAUCAUAUGUGAUCUUACUGAGGAUGUGGAUACUAUUUGUAACUGUGUACUGGAAUGUGAUGAAACAUAGCUGAAAAUAAAAAUAAGAAUAAAAUCACGUAAAAUAGUGAA